GUUUGAUAAUAGAAGUUGGAACAGUUUUCGCGCUUCCCCAUUCGUACUGAAGGAAGAACAUGAACAAGUUGAUAGUGCUCAUUUUCAUCUCUUUUGUAGCAACCUCAUCACAUGACAGUCCUGUCAAAGAGGAUAAACCUCAAUCUCCAGGAAGCGUUCAGGAGGAGGGUUGUUACAAGGAGUUGGGAUGUUUCAAGAAAGGAGGGAAUUUUUUCGACACCCUGGAUUUUCUUCCUCAGGAUCGUGAGGUUAUCGGCGUGAAGUUUCGUCUUUAUACGCAAAAAAAUAAGAAAAACCACGUGAUUUUAGAAAUCGACUCAAUCGAGUCACCAGGAGAUUCUCUAUUUAGUGCAAGUCGAGAGACGAAGAUACUUAUUCCUGGUUAUUUCCAUAGCUUAGAGGUUUACGGAGAUUGGAUGAAAGAUAUGAAGAAUGCUUUAUUGGAACAAGGAGAUUAUAACGUCAUCACUACAGAUUGGUCUGGUGGGAAUACGCUAAAUUACCCUCAAGCUGUAGCUAACACAGAAUUAGUUGGAGCAGAAAUAGCAGCCUUGAUCAAGUUUCUACAGAAAACUACAGAGGUCAGUCCUUCUGCCUUUCACUUGAUUGGUCACAGUCUAGGGGCUCACGUGGCGGGUUAUACCGGAGAGAGAAUAGACAAAAUUGGUAGAAUUACCGGUCUAGAUCCUUCUGGACUGUACUUCAACGGAAUGCCAACAGUUGUACGUCUUGAUCCGUCAGACGCCCAGUUUGUUGAUGUCAUCCACACGGACACUGGCAGUGAUAUAAUACCUGGAAAUGGAAUAGAACAGUCAGUGGGUCAUCUUGACUUUUACCCCAACAACGGAGAUACUCAGCCAGGAUGUAUUCUUCAACCCUUAGAUGUUAUUCUCCGUCGAGGCUUAAUAAAAGGCUUCCAACAACUUGUCGCAUGUGAUCACAUACGGUCCAUACAUUACUUUUUGGACUCCAUCAACGAUAACACUUGCGAGCCAAUAGGUGUCGCGUGUGACACCUGGAGAGAUUUUAUUAACGGAAACUGUAUCGACUGUGGAGAGGGGGGAAGGAAUUGCGCCUUCAUGGGAUUCAAAGCAGAUAAACUUCGUCAGUAUAAAAACGAAACGAUGAACAAAAAAUUCUACCUGACAACUCGAUCAACCAUCCCGUAUUGUCUGUACCACUAUCAGGUGGUGGUGGAAUUAGCCAAUCAUCCAGAUAGUGAGACACAAAUGGGUGAGUUGUAUAUCAUCAUGGAGGGAGAAAAGGAUAACCUAGAAAGCUUAUUAAGUGAAGGAAAUGAAAGAUUCCAAAGUGGAGCACAAUAUUCUUAUUUAGUAACAAGUAAAAGGGACAUUGGACAGUUGAAAGGAAUCACCAUAAGUUGGUCUCAGUCCUUACUGCUAUUUCUUGACCCAGACAUUUGGUCCAUGGAUUCGGAUAAGGAACAUAUGUUGUUUCUCAGCAGCGUGAAGAUAAUUCGUCUGAGCAUCAACUCAAGAGAAAAGAAAGCGGAUCCUUUCUUGUUCUGUGUUGACUCAAAAUCUCCUCUCCGACCUGGGAAUAAAACCUCUUUGCUAGUUAACGAAGUUGGGAGUUGCAUGAAUCCUUGACUUACACUUCGUGGUCCAAGUUCAUAACGUUUCACUAGAAUAUCUGUGUUUUCAGUUCACUUAUAUAUUAUAUCAUGAAUCAUUUGUUAAUAACUGUAAUUAUGGCUAAGAUACUAAGACGAUUUUUCUGUCGUCCCUAACUUUGAACUACUGACCAGAGGAAAAGCAGACAAUUCGUUUGUUGUUGUUUUUAGAUCAAAGACACACUGAGCUAUCUGCUGUGUCCACCGCGUGGGGAUCUAACUACGGAUUUUAGCAUUGUAAGUCCGUAAACUUACCGCUGAUUAAUAGGAAGAAAAGCAGCCAGUUAGCAGCACUCUACCAACCACCUUCCAUACUAAGGUAUUGAGCCCGGCAUGGCCAGGUGGCUAGGGCGCUCGACUCGUAAUCUGCGGGUUCGAACACCCGUCACACCAAAAAUGCUCGCCCUUUCAGCCGUGGCAGCGUUAUAAUGUG